AUGCCCUUUUGGCAAAUUUUUCACCCCUCCGGCACCUUCGAGGACACCGCUUCCAAGAAAGCUUUGACAGAAGACAUCACCAAGAUAUACACCGGAAUUGGGCUUCCUGCAUUCUAUGUGGUCAUCAACUUUAUGAAACUUCCCCCCGGAGAUACCUGGGUCGGCGCUGAAAUCAGAACGGAGAAACCGUUUAUUCGUAUUAUUGCUGACCACAUCGCCGUUCGACUCGAAAAUGACGACCAAAUUUAUAAAUCUACAUGCGACGCGAUUGACAAAGCUUUGAAGCCUCAUAUUGCCGAUAGAGGUUACGAUUGGGAAUUUCAUGUCGAUGAGACCGAAAGGAGGCUAUGGCGGGUCAAUGGAUUAGUUCCUCCUCCGUUUGGGAGUGAUGCGGAGAAGAUUUGGGCGAAGGAAAACAAGCCGGUCGCUUGGGAAGGCGCUUAG